AGCACUUUUUACACUCAACCAUCAGACAGAAGUCAGCAGACCUGACAAGAGGCACCAAGAGAUCUGAAAAAUAUAUCUGCUUACCAACUAAACCACUUCAACCCUCCUAAGAUGAAGACAUUCAGUGUUGCAGUUGCAGUGGCCGUCGUGCUCGCCUUCAUUUGCACUCAGGAGAGCUCUGCCUUACCCGUCACUGGAGUAGAAGAGCUGGUGGAGUUAGUGAGCAGUGAUGAUCCAGUUGCUGAUCAUCAAGAGUUGCCAGUAGAAUUGGGGGAGAGGCUGCUAAACAUCAGGAAGAAGCGUGCACCCGCUGAAUGCACUCCUUACUGCUACCCGACUCGUGACGGUUUUCGCUGUGGAGUCACCUGUAGAUCCUGAAGAUCCUGUCCCAGGAUUAGACUUCCACAGCCACCACUAAAUUUGUAUUUGCUAUAAAAAAAUAUAAAGAAAUUUUACCAUUUUCAGUUGUACUUGUGGCACUUGUUAAUCUGGGGAUGUGAUUGCUGUUGUUCAUCUAUGCUCAGUGAUGUUACUGCAUCAUUAAAUGUCUGUGCUGCUGUGUAUUAUCACAAUAUAAACCUUCAGGUGUGCAUCUGCCGUAGCACUGCAUGUCACACAAACCAGAACACUGAGUUGUAAGGAACCUGUGCAAACUAUUAAACAGAUGAGAUGACCGGGCCUAA